AUGUCUACAGGUGAAAGUGAAGACGUUUAUUCAGACCUCUACUCCGUCGUAUCUCAGGUAACUUCUAAUACAGCCCACGAUAUUGAGCAACUUCCAUAUGCUUUAACGUUUAAAACAUCUUUGAUCUUCGUCGGUGCUACUGUUGGAGGGUUAUUGUUCGGCUAUGAUACAGGCGUUAUAUCAGGUGUUCUGCUUUCUUUAAAGCCGCAAGAUCUUUCUUUGACAGUUAUAACCGACGUUCAAAAAGAAUUAAUAACCUCCAGUACAAGUGUUGGUUCCUUUUUCGGAUCUAUGCUGGCAUAUCCGCUAGCAGAUAGAUAUGGAAGAAGAAUUACCCUCGCAAUCUGCUGCUCAAUCUUUAUAUUGUCUGCUAUCGGAAUGGCUGCUGCAAGAACAUUGACAUUUUUAAUAUGCGGUAGAUUACUGGUUGGUGUCGCUGUUGGGGUGUCUGCGCAGUGCGUCCCGUUAUUUUUAAGUGAGAUUUCACCUUCAAAAAUCAGAGGUUUUAUGUUGACUUUGAACAUUAUUGCCAUCACUGGUGGUCAAUUGAUUUCAUAUAUAAUCGCAUCUCUUAUCAAAGACAUUGAUAAUUCAUGGAGAUACUUGUUUGCAUUUUCAGCUGUUCCUGCCAUUUUAUUCAUUUCCAUGUUGGAUUUUAUUCCUGAAUCACCAAGAUGGUCUAUUUCUAAGGGAGAUAUUCUCUACGCCAGGAAUUCUUUGAAAAUGUUAUAUCCUACUGCAUCUACAUAUCACGUCAAUAGUAAAAUUAAGCAGUUAAUUAUUGAACUUGAUAAGUUACGAAUGUAUGAGGAUGGGAGUGAGCCCUUACUUGCGCAGGCUCAAUCGCUUGUUAGGUACAUGAAUACCUCUACUUCAGGGACUGUUAGCCCACCUAUUGCCAAGAGGCUUUCUUCAACUGCGGACAGAAACAGUAACACAGUGUCUUCCUCGUCAGCAUUUUUAUCAGUAUUAAAAAGCCCAGCUUUAAACGGAGCCACGACAUCUGGCAAAAAAAAAAGACAUAGGAUGGAACCACGCACGAUAAGAGCACUAGUAGUUGGUUGUGUGUUGAUGUUCUUUCAGCAGGUCACUGGUUUCAAUGCGUUCAUGUAUUACGCGGCAAUAAUAUUCUCUAGGUUCGAUAUAAAAAACCCUCUAUUGCCCCCAAUUUUGAUUGCUUCAACAAACUUCAUAUUCACCUUUUUUGCUAUGUAUACCAUGGACUCCUUGGGGAGAAGAGCUAUUCUAUUAAGAACAAUCUGGAUCAUGACUGUCGGGUUGCUUCUUUGUAGUAUAGGCUUUGGUCAUAAUCAAGUUAGUUUACUUUUGAUCUCUGUUGUAAUUUACGUCGCGGCAUACGCUUCUGCAAUGGGCAGUGUUCCAUGGACCUGCGUGGAAUUUCUUCCUUUGAACAGGAGAUCAUUUGGUGCAUCUUGUAUAGCAUGCACAAAUUGGCUGACCAAUGCACUUGUUUCGAUGACGUAUUUGAGCGCUAUCAACACGAUUGGUGAUGAAAAUACAAUGCUGAUUUUUGCUUUUUUCACUGUUUGUGCUUGGUUUUUCGUCUACUUUUGGUAUCCAGAAGUCAAAGGUUUGUCAUUGGAGGAAGUCGGAAACGUUUUUGACAAUGGAAUUGAUGUGCAUUAUGUCUUUCGUACCUAUCAUUAA